UAAAUGUUUAUAUGUUUAAAAUUGCAAUUUUGAUCAUGAUUUAAUGUUGAUUAAAUUAUGACAAAUAAUAUUUAGGUUAGAUUGUGCUUUCGAUCCUUAUUUAAUCCAUUGUCAUCUAUUUUACAACUUUUUAUUUUUGGGUAAAAGUAAGGAUUAAAAGCUUAUUUAUUCUGAAUGUAGUUAAAUAUUAAUUAUUACAUUAUUUAUUUAAUGUCAAGUUAUGAUUAACAUUACAAUUAUUGGAUUAAAAUUGUAGAUUGUGGAUUGGAGAUAUGUAAGAUUUGAGAACUAAAAUUAUAUAUUUAAAUAUUGGAGGACUAAAAUUAUGGAUCAGAUAUUAUUGGGUAUAAAAGGACAAUUUAACAAAUAUUCUUUAUCCCUGCCAAGAAGGCAAGAACAUCGGAACCUAAGCCAAAAAUAUCAUCGACAGCUUCAUCUAUUUAUUGUAAGUAUUGAAAAUUUGUCAGUCAAGUUCUUACGUUGAUAUAUUAUCUUAUGUUGAGGGAAUAGUUUGAAAGUUAUUUUAAUACUUGAAGAAUCAUGUAAUAUGAUUUGUAAUAUUUUUGGAAUUCAUACUUUCGAGCUAAAUUGAUGUGUUAUUUGUUUUUAUGACCCUUCUGAGGAAAUUUGGAGCAUAUGUCACAGCAGUGACAAUCUAGAUCAGAGAUAGAUUUUACGAGGACACCAAUUUUUUGGACGACGUCAAAGUUUGUUAAAUGUACAUUUAAGUCAGCAAAGGCUAUCGAUUUCAGCUUCCCAGUGCCUUCGGGAUAAGCCGGUAGUUUGAAUGGAGUAAAGAUAAAUCUUUUUUACUUUGAGAAAAACUUUUAAAAUGAGAGAAAUAAACAACAAAUUAUCAUGAAUUGUUUUUAAUUUAUUAAAAUAAUUUGUUACAAUCGUAAUUUAGAAGUUUUUUUUUCCACCCCUUUUCUUUUCAAAAAGAUAUAAAUUAGUGCAUAGCAGGCAAAGUGCUAAAUUCCCCAAAAUAUGAAGUUGGUAAGCGAUAUAUUCUCGUACUAUAAAACAUAUUGUUUAAUUGUAAGUUACAACAAAGUAACAUGUUUGAUCUGGGUAAUGUAUUUGGGUCAACCUAUAUAUAUUGUAUGAGGUUGUUCAAAUUUAACUUAAAUUUCCAUGGUUUUAGAAUUUGAUUAUUAUCCUUGACAGAGUAAAAACCUAGCUUAAAUACUACUAGAUUUAGUCUAGUAAUUGGGAAGGAGUUGAAAGUAGUUAUAAGCAUGAAAACUUAGGUUUGAUUCUAUUGCCAACAUGUAUAAUAUUUUCUAUAUAAAAAAUGAAAUAAACCUAACUUAAAUUCUACGGUGAAGGUCAAGUACGCUUGACAUUAAUGCAUGCAUCCAGUACCGAUCUAAACGGCACCACUGAAUUUGUGGUCACAUUUCAAAGUGAUUUUAGCUUGACUUGCAAAAGUUAGUCGAGUGAGUAUUCUGAAUAAACUUACAUCAAUUCAAUUACAGUUGUCUCACUUUUAACAAUUAUUCUUGAGAAGUUCACUACUAACAAGUCUGCGACGCGCUUUAGAUUUCAAAAAUAAAAUUUAAAGAAUCACUUGUAGCCUGCGUUGCAUGAAUCUAUGGCUUGUAACUACUUAACUUUAUUUCAGUUUGAUCAACUGCAACGAAGUAUAUAAAUAGAACCAUUUCUUCAAAUUCCAAUUCCAAUACAUGCCAAGCAAAGAUGAUUGUUACUAUUCUUAUUUGUGCCACCGUUAUCCUUCUCCCCUUGGUGCAAGUGCCAUACGUCUCUGCUCAGACUCGGAAUAAUGUUAGCGUUGGUGAGACACUUGUUGCAGGUAACGUUGGUGCGCAAUGGCUUUCUUCAUCAAAGGAGAUUGCAUUUGGAUUUCAUCAGCUUGAGAAUGACCUUUUCUUGCUUGCCAUAUGGUACCAAAAAAUACCAAACGAUAAUUUGAUUUGGUAUGCAAAUGGAGACAACCCGGCUCCUAAAGGAUCAAAACUUGAGCUAAAUGAAUACAGCGGACUAAUGCUGAAUAGUCCUCAAGGUGUUGAGCUAUGGACAUCACAAACCAUAUCAGGUACAAUUUCCUAUGGACUAAUAAAUGACACAGGCAACUUCCAGCUUCUGGAUAAGAAUUCGCAGGUGUUGUGGGAAAGUUUCAGUAAUCCAACUGAUACAUUGGUGCCAACUCAAAUCAUGGAGGUAAAAGGCACGCUUUCAUCUCGGCAGAAAGAGACCAAUUUCUCACAAGGAAGGUUCCGAUUUCGCUUGCUUUUGAGUGGUAAUGCUGUGCUUAAUCCUGUUAAUUUGCUUACCAAAUAUCCCUAUGAUGCUUAUUACAUCAGUUACACUUAUGAUAAGACCAACACAACGAACUCCGGUUACCGUGUGAUUUUUGAUAAUUCGGGACUGUAUAUAUUGAAGAGGAACGAUAAGAGGGUUAAUAUUACAAAUUCAAAAGACGUGCUCUCAACUGAUUCCUAUUAUUACAGAGCAACCAUCAAUUUUGAUGGAGUUUUCACCAUAUCCCGUUACCCAAAAAAUCCAGGUCCAAAUCCAGGCUGGACAGUUAUUAAGACAUUGCCAAACAACAUUUGCACAGAUUUGGCAGGACCAAAGGGUAGUGGUGUCUGUGGAUUCAAUAGUAUCUGCACUCUUGAUACUGAUCAAAGACCAAAGUGCAAGUGCCCAGAAGGUUAUUCUCUUCUUGAUUCAACCGAUGAGUAUGGCAGCUGCAAAACAAAUUUGGAACUCCGUUGUGAAGGAAGUGGACAAAGCUCUCAAGGAGAUUUCUACUACAUGGAGGAAAUGCCAAAUACUGAUUGGCCUCUAUCAGUUUAUGAAAUGUAUAGACCUUACAAUUCAGAGGAUUGCAAGACUUCUUGCUUGCAAGACUGCUUAUGCGCUGUUUCUGUUUAUAGAAAUGGUAGCUGCUGGAAGAAGAAGCUGCCUCUCUCAAAUGGAAGACGGGAUAAAUCAGUAGGGGGAUCUGCUUUUAUUAAGUUGAUGAAAAAUGAUACUUUGUCGGCAAGUCCUUCUAAGCCAUUCCUAGAAGAGAACAAAAAAGGAAAAGAUCAAGAUACUUUGAUAACUGUGAUAUCAGUCCUUCUAGGAGGUUCUGUCUUUGUGAAUCUCAUGCUGGUCAGUGCAGUAUGUAUCGGUUUCUACUUCAACAACAACAGAAGAAGUUCUAUCAAUAAAACUGUUGCAGAGAGCAAUUUGCGCAGUUUCACCUUUGGAGAGCUUGUGCAAGCAACAAAUAACUUCAAAGAAGAAUUGGGAAGGGGGUCUUGUGGCAUUGUCUUUAAAGGAACAACAGAUUUGGUUACUAUUGCAGUAAAGAAAUUGGACAAGAUGCUCAAAGACAACGAUAAGGAAUUCAAAACAGAAGUGAAUGUGAUUGGCCAAACUCAUCACAAAAACUUGGUUCGCCUACUUGGAUAUUGUGAUGAGGGAGAACACCGCAUUCUGGUGUAUGAGUUCAUGAGCAAUGGCAGUUUAGCAAACUUCAUCUUCGGAGAUUUCAAACCAAAAUGGUACCAAAGAGUCCAGAUUGCCGUUGGGAUUGCAAGAGGGUUGGUUUACUUGCACGAGGAAUGCUGCACCCAGAUCAUACAUUGUGACAUAAAGCCACAAAAUAUACUUCUUGAUGAGCUUUACAACGCAAGAAUAUCAGAUUUUGGGUUGUCAAAGCUACUAAGGAUUAAUCAAAGCCGCACAGAAACUGGCAUUCGAGGAACAAGAGGGUAUGUUGCACCAGAAUGGUUCAGGAGUGCACCAAUCACUGCCAAGGUUGAUGUUUACAGUUUUGGAGUGCUGCUUGUGGAGAUCAUUUGCUGCAGGAGAAAUGUAGAAGGUGACAUUGGCAAUGAUGAGAAGGCAAUUUUAACUGAUUGGGUUUAUGAUUGCUACAAGGAUGGAAGAGUUGCCGUACUGGUUGAAAAUGAUGAUGAGGCUAUCAAUGACAUAAAUAUGCUCGAAAGGUUUGUGAAGGCAGCUAUUUGGUGCCUUCAAGAGGAUCCCUCUCUAAGGCCAACAAUGAAGAAGGUGAUGCUGAUGUUGGAAGGAAUAGCUCCAGUCACAGUUCCACCAAGCCCCUGUCCUUAUGCUUCUGUGUCUGUUAGUUGCGGUUGAAAUUAGUUUCGUUUCAUGUCUUGAUUAUGUUACGUCGUUAAUUUUGUGUUUGCUUUGUUUCUUAUUCAUUUCAAUCCCCUUUGUCCAUGCGGCUGAGUGGCAGCUCAUGGAUUAAAAAGUGUAACAAAAGUAAGCACAUUUUAUUGUUCUUGUGUGGAAUAAAAGGUUCAA